AUGUAUGAAUUAGGUGUUGUUGCUAAUGGGGGUGGAGUUGUUCCUUUCAAUAACCCUGUUAAUGAAGUUGAAAUACCUGUUGAUGGCCCUAUUGCCCCUGUGAAUGCCCUUGAACCUGAUAAUCAAAUUGCAAUGCUUGAGAAUACACAUGUGCCUGCUAAUGAACUUGGAUUAUGGAAGUGGAUGAUGAAGUACCAACACAUCCCAUCUUCUUCAGCUUGGUUUUGA